AUGACAAUAUUUGUUAGCUCAAGAAGUACCCCUAUAGGGUAUAGCACCCCAGAUUUCCCAUCCAUAUAUUGGCCAUUAGGAGCCACUAGACCAUCAUACUUGAAAGCAUUUCUAUACUAUUCAUGGGAUAUUUGGAGAUUUACCGUUUUUUGGUCGUUGAUACUCUCAGGGGGUCUUUACUUUGUUGUUGGCGUCAUAGGUUGCUGCAAUAGUAUACUCAAUAGCUACCGACACAAUACACUUCAGAGUUUCAAAGUUUUCAGUUGUGGGUUUAUAUUGGUGUUUUACUUGUUUACAGGUUUAUUGAAAGGGUUUGUUGGUGGAGCAAUAAUCGGAGUCAUUAUUGCUGCUAUCUACCAGGCAGGAAAUUUGACCAUGAGUUGUUGGAUUCCAUUGACAUGGGCUAUUGCACAAGUAUUGUAUGAUAUUGCGUCGUCGUAUCUGAUUAGCUCAGUGAUUCUAUAG